CGCGGCGCCUCGUCGACUUCGAUCCUUCGAAGAUCUUUCGCGAACUCGGAGUGACUACUUCUUCGGCUCCGACGUAGAAAUCCGAGUGGUGUAUAAGCAAAAAUUGAACUUGUUUGAAAAUACUUUAUUAAUUUUUAUUUUCGCGUUAAAAAAAAAAUUAUAAAAAAAUGGCUGUGAUCGGAAACUCGAGGUUGUGUGUGAUAACCAACGUCUUUGUUCUCUUGUUGGCCCUUUCAACUUCGGGGGUUCGUUCUUCCAAUGUUGUCACGCCAACGAAAUGCGAGGAAACCAACUCGGUUUAUAAUCCUAAGGGAAUCUACACUUUUCCGACUUCACCAGUUACAGGUCCCAUAUGCGGAGCGGGAUCGUGUUGUGGAGAAACUUUCGAAGAAAAGCUCCUCGCCGAUAGUAAAAUCCACUUGGAUCGAUAUCUAAAAGACGCGAUAACGAGGAUAGCAUCAAUACUGGAUACCAGGGCGAAGCGAUUUGACGAUACGUUCAAAGAUCUUUUGCAAAAAUCCAAAAAGGAUUUCCACGAGAUGUUUAAAAAAACGUAUGGUCUUAUUUAUCUCCAACACGCUCAAGUUUUUUCGGAUUUCUUCGCCAGUUUGGAGAAGUAUUUUAAGUCGGGACAAAUCGCACUAUCUGAUACGAUAGAGAAAUUUUUUAAUAUUUUGUAUAUACGGAUGUUCACGGUGAUGAACGCUCAGUAUCAUUACGACAAGAAGUACCUGAAAUGCGUCGAAAAGUUUAUGAACGAAUUAAAACCAUUCGGAGAUGUGCCUCAAAAAUUUAAAUUACAAUUAACGCGAUCCUUUGUCGCCACAAAAGUUUUAUCUAAAACGUUGAGCAACGGAGCUUCAAUAGCUCAUAGUAUGUUAACGUUUAAAACCGACGAAGAUUGUGCUCGAAAAUUAGUUGAAAUGAAAAACUGCGCCGUUUGUACAAACCAAAAAGAUCGAUUACCAUGUUCUUCAUACUGCUCGAAUACUUUACAAGGAUGUUUAGAACACUUUUCGAUUAUAUCAGAUCAUUGGGAUAAUUUUGUUGAAGGUGUGGAUAAAAUUUCUGAUCGCCUCCUUGGCCCAUUUAAUAUAGAAGCGGUUGUUGAACCAAUAAAUAUAAAAAUCUCGGAAGCUAUUAUGAAUUUCCAAGAAAGUGGGUCAGCUGUGUCUGAAAAAAUUUUUGUAAGCUGCGGAAAACCAGCUUUGGAUAGAAGACGAAGAAACGCAUCACCAAAAAGUAAAGUCAGGGACGAUGAAGUCACCAAUCAAAGUAAUUAUGGAAAUAAUAAGAAGAAACAUGUCAAGAAAACUGAAAGUAGCACUACUUUGGAGAAAAUAAUCCGUGAUAUUAAGCAGAGAGUCAAAGAUUCCAAAUUAUUCUGGAGACAAAUUCCUUAUCAAUACUGCAACGAAGAAGGCACCUCAGCCAAACCAAGUCAAGAUGGUUCAUGUUGGAAUGGAACAACACCAUUCAACAUAACAACAUCCCCAACAAGUGAACCAAUAUCUUCAAAUCAACAACUACAAGAAGUUAUCCAAGAACUACAAAUGCUCUCUCAAACUCUUUACAGUGCUCAUCAAGGACAAGAAAUUGAUAUCCCCGAAGGCGAAGAGAUGUAUAUAGAAAGUGGAUCCGGAUCUGGUGAUGAUAGCUUAGUUGAUCAAGAAGAAGGUGAAGACGAUGAUCGUGAAAAUAGCGGGGAAGAUACAGUUCCAAGAAUACACCCCGAAAUUUCUAGUACGACAAGAAAACCGGAACUACCAAUAGAAUCAAUAACUUCACCACCAAAGGGAGCACCAACAGGUGGAAGUGUUGCUGUGUCAUUUAAUCGUGCCAUUAUUAGUUAUGUACUGCCCAUAAUCCUAGUUUGGUUUGGGGGUACGAUUGCGGACUUACUGUGAUAUGUGUACUUUGUGUAAAUAAAUAAAUAAAAAGAAGAAAUGAUGAUGAAAAAUGUUUAGGUAUUAACUAAUAAAUUUUGUAAAAUGUGUGAGAUGUAUACGCGAUGUGUACUAAUUUUAGCACAAUGAUAAUAACUCAUUAAUCGUAAGUGCCCCAAUGUAAAAGAAGAUGAAAGAAAAAAAAGGAAUUAUAUAUAACAAAAGGACAGCGAUGAGAUAUAUAAAAAGGCGAGUGACGAUGAGAUGCUGGACUUUUAUUUUAAAUAAAGAAAAAAAAACUAGGAUAACGAAUUGAAACGUAAAAAUAAAAGAAAAAACUCUGUGUGCCUGUAUGUGUGUGUCUUGUAAUUUUUUCAUAUCAAGUGAACAAUGUAUUUUUUACAAAUCGACGUAAUACAUUCAUAUUAUAACUGUA